AUGAAGACUUAGCCAUAGCUUUAAACAGAACUAGGAAUUUUUAAGUUUGUUACAGUCUAAAUAAGCGUAAUUAUUUCAAGAAUAAAAGUCUUUAAUUCAAUGAUAACUAUCAGAAUGAGAUGUGCAAGGCGGACUCUUGCUGACGGAUACCGUUUAAUGUACUAUUAUUUAUACAUUUUAUCUAUUCUAAGCAUUAUUAUAUAUGGUAUCGUCCAAAUGUUUCUUGUACAUAAAAGUCUGUGUGACUUCUAGUGUAAUGAGGGUCAAAAGUAACAGUACAAACCAGUAAGAGAAUAAUUCAUUUUAGUCAAACUUAGUUUCGUAGUUGUCUGGAUUGAUGAGUAAGUUAGCAGAAAGAGGUGGAUAACGUACACAAAGAAAGGCUUAACGUUACUAACAUUUUUGUAAAAAAAAAAAUCCAAAGAAACUAAUUUCUGAUUGUCAGAAAAGUGUCUAAAAAAUGCUGAAUAUUUAUUUAUUGUUUGUACUGUAAAAUAAACCAAAUUUGAUAUUGAUAUAUUUUGAUUUAGUUAGGGACUAUACAAGAUAUUGAAGGUGUAAUGUUGGCCACAUAUUGGUUGAGUAUUAUUAUAUGCGUGAAAAUCAUUGUGUGACUAACAAUGUCAACAAAAUCAUAUUUGGGAAAGGGACACACUUAUCUGUGCACCCAAAUGAAAAAAAAGAGCCAAGCUAUUUCAAAAUUGAAGACUCGUGCCUGGCAACCGACUUCACCGACCAUAGAGCUGUAAAUUUUGAGAAUAAAAACAUUACACCGGUGCGAUAUAAAGACCAGAGUUACUACAGCAGCUUCGCCUUUCAUGCUGGAGACGAAUGUAAAGAUAAAGUAAGCUGUGAAACAUCAUCAGCCGAUGGCGGUUUCGAAUCAGAUGAAAAAAUCAACUACCUGUCACUGGGCCUCUACUGGCUGAGAAUCCUCUUCAUGAAGACUGUUGUGUUCAACAUCCUGAUAACUUUCAAAGCAUGGAUGAGCUAACGUGUCGGGAUGAAAAUCCUUUUUACUCCGUUGGGUUCAUCAGUGGCUUCAACGAAGACAAAACAUCACAUUCGAGAGCCAUCACAGCUGCAAUUUAGUUGUUAAAUGAUGAUCGAGGGAUUAUGAAAGACUUAUUUCUAAUACUUAUUACUUAUUUUUAAGACUUAUUUCCUAUAUACACAUCUGAAUGUCAUUCGCUUAUGCUUUUAUAAUAUUGGCUUAACUAUUGUGGUUUAGGAUACAGUAGAAGUAAAACACCAGUAAUUGUUUCUAAUUUAGACGUAGCUCAUGUUUCAUUGCUCUGCAUUUGAAUGAUUCCUACAUAUUAUGUAAAAAAACUAUUCAUUUAAUAGAUAGAAUUGAAUUGCCUGUAUAGCUUUUGUAUUCUGCAUCUUAUUUGCUUUCACAGUUUCUGACCGUAUCGGGUGUCAUUUUAGCAGUGACUGUAUAAUGCAAAAAUAAGAAAAAUAAAAUCAUCAAAUAAUCAA